AUGAAUACUAGGAGUGAGCCGCUUUGUUCUCUCGAGGGCCGUUCUGAUGUCUACGGAGUCGGCAUUCGAGCCGCAUUUUACGCACAAUGGCUUGGUUCUCUUCUCAUGGAAUACCUCUCUGAGGAGAACCUCACAGAUUUGCGGUUUAUCAGUCUGUUUUCUUCAGCAGCCGCAUCUAUAUCUCUCGUCAUUGGAGUCGCUUACAACUCCCUUGAGUCACUCGACAUAUACUUCUUGCUUCUUCUAGCCAUGGGUUUCUAUAUAUUUCAGAUGCCAUUAUGCAUCUGGCGUAUUCUCACGAGGUGUCAGGCUCACCUUGACCCGUUCCAACUCUCGAAGGAGAGCCAUGGGCAUUUCUAUCAUGUUAUGAGUCUUACAGUACUCUCAGCUAACGUGUCUGUUGGAACAUGGUACUUCACGACCUUUCUCCCUCAACUGGACCGUGAUUGCCGUGGCCUGGUAUUUCUAUUUGGCAAGGUCAGCCUGGAAAGUCAGGGAUAUAGCAUGACUGGCUCCAUAUUCUUCAUCGGUUUUCUUGUCGGCAUUGGCUGGUUUAUCUUUUUGAACGCUUGUUGCACUAUCACCAAGUCGAGUUCGCGACAUAGGAGAGCGAGGUCGAGAAAUAUCUGGCGAUUCAGAAUACUCCGCGCAACAUCUGGCUUAAUAGUAUUUACACUUUUGGUUCUCUCGAUCGAACUUCCUAUACAGUGGAACCACAUACAAGGCGUUUACGAAUUUACUACAGUGGCACAAUUACUGCCCUUUAUGCUCACCAUUGGAGUAUUUCUUCGAUCUUGGGCUGUUUAUGCAAGCAGAGGCAACGAUAGGUCGGGAGGGCGAAGGCGUCGCAGAUCUCCUUCCACCUCGCCUUCACCAACAUCUACAUCUACAUCGAUCACGUCAAGUAGCAACUCUUCCCAAGUCAUUGGCUAUUAUUACACGGACCCUACUUACCAAAAUGAUGAGGAAGACGCAGAGUACGACUACGAUGGUUACUAUGACUAUUAUAACAAUUACAAUAACUACGAAUAUUCAAAUACGGCAGAGGAGGAUCAAGCCCAGAUUCAGUGGCCUCAGGGAGUUCAUUUAUCACGUUGGUAA